UUUGAAAUUGUAUCUGUAUAUAUAUUUUUACUUAAUUUUAUUUCUUUCGAACCUAGCCCCAAAUUGUCAGCAUGCGUGCCAUAGCUGAACGCCUACACCACACAUCGGCGCGUUAUCAAAGCAAUGUCAAGUCCAAGGAGCCGGCCAAUGAGCCACGCAGCUUACCGAUGCGCCUUCAAGGCAUAGCCGAACGAAUCGGCAACUAUUUCAGACGCAAGCCAAAGCUGCAGCCCAACAAUCUGUUUCAGAAACAUGACCUAGAGACAACGCGCGUUCCCGGCAAUUACUUAAGCUGCUUAGGCGAAAGUGAUCAAUCCUUGAAUCUCAUAGCCCAAGUGUCGGCCAGCAGCACGGAUGUGGCUGCAAACCAAGGCGUAGUUAAAGCAACAUUAACUGAUGGGCACGCUGGAACUGGCACUUACUGCGUCUCGGGCUGCAUAAGCGCCACUGAAGCGUCUCCAGCUACGCCAGUGGCGGUGCAGCUGCCGCAGAAACUUUUGGUGUAUCCAGUACUGCCGCUGCAGGAUACGUUGGAACGCUACCUCUGCAGCAUACAGCCGUUCUUCAAGCGCAAAGCUUUUGUGCGCGAACAGGCGCUCACCUUGGAGUUUUUGCACAAGCGCGGCAAGAAGCUGCAGGCGCUGCUCGAAGCAGCUGCUGUCAAGGAAAAGAAUUGGCUGACCGAACGUUGGACGAAGGCUACCUUCUUGCGCUAUCGAGCACCGCUGCCAGUGUUCUCCAGUCCCUGCAUGGCCUUCCCGCCGCGUGAGUUUCUGCAUAGCGUGGAGUAUGCGGAUUUUACGGCAAAAGUUAUCUACGGCAUGUGUGAGGUCAAGCAAAUGAUUGACCGCAAUCAGCUGCCGGUGCAACGUAUGGACCACUAUGAGCUGGACAACAGUCAAUUUCGCAAUGUAUUUGGCACGGUACGGAUACCGCGACAAGAGUGCGAUCUACUCGAGCAAUGCAACUCCAACUAUGUCGUUGUCAUACAUAAGAAUCAUUUUUAUAGACUACCCGUGUAUAAUCGGCUUGGUCUUAUUUUAGAUGUGCGGCAGCUGCGCCAACAGCUGCUGGACAUUCUUGAAUGUAAUUGCCACAAGGGUCCAGCCAUUGGCUUGCUCACACAGGAUACGCGCUGCAAUUGGGCCGAAGCUCAUGAGAUCCUCGAACGUUAUCCAUGUAACUGUGAGGUUAUUCAUCGCAUUGAGCGCUCACUGUUUACCGUCUGCCUGGAUGAAUUUGUGCCCGCACGCCGUGGAAUGUUUCGCACCGUACAGGCGGAGCAGCUGCUUUAUGGCGGUGGCCAUAAUGUAAACAGCGCCAAUCGCUGGAUGGACAAGACUUUGCAGCUUAUUGUUAAUCCCAACGGCAUGGCUGGCAUUUGCUAUGAGCAUGCCCCCGCUGAUUGUCAGCCCGUUGCCAUGAUCAUAGACUAUGUUGAAAAGAAACUCUGUGAUCCGGAGUACGGCUAUGACUGCAACGCUUUUGAUAUAUCCGAUUAUGCAGAGCCACUUUACUUUGAGCCCAUUGGCGACUGUGUGGAUCUUUGGCUGUCGACAGCCCAGCGCAACAUGGACAAGAUCAGCGAACGCAUAAAGCUGCAUGUAUUCAAGUUUGAGGACUACGGUCGUUGCCUGAUACAGUCACAGGGCAUUUCGCCGGACAGUUAUCUACAGAUGGCGCUGCAGCUAGCGUAUUUUAGACUGCAUAAAGAGUUGCCUGCGCAGCUGGAGUCGGCACAUUUGCGUAUAUUUCGUUGCGGACGCACUGAGGGCAUACGUAGCACCUCGAAUCAAUCGCUGUGCUUUUUGCGUGCUAUGACGAGCACGGAUUACUCACUGCAGAAUCGAUUCAAUGCACUGCGCUGCGCUGCCGACACUCAUCAGAUGCAGACGAAGCAGGCGCUGCGAGGACGCGCAAUAGAUCGACAUUUGUUUGGCUUGCGGCAGAUGGCACGUGAGCAUGGCCAGCCUAUGCCACAGUUCUUCUGCUCCGAGGGAUAUGUGCGCUCAUCGGAUUAUCGUAUAGCCAGCUCGCAGGUGUCGACACCACAUGAUGCCUUCAUGGCCUUUGGGCCUUUUAGUUCCAGUGGAUACGGCUGCUCUUAUAAUCCACGCGAGCACGAUGUUAUCUUUGCGCUCUCCGCCUGGCAGCUGAAGCCGCACAUUAAUGUGGAAGAUUAUGGGAGGGCUAUUGACACAGCCUUGAUGGAUAUGAAGCAGCUGAUGCUUGAUGUGGGUGGACCUUGUGCCGCCCAAGCGGCUAGCGCGUGUGUUAAGACCAGUGAUAACAGCUGCAAGAAGUAGCGCUCUUAAAGGUCACGUUCCGGAAGCCCCCAAGGCAGAGUACGCGACGUUGUAUCUGGAAAAUGCAUUCAGCGUUUAGUUUUGACUGCAAGUAGUAUGUACCAAAGCUUACCUCCUCGGACUUCAUCAUGUUGCAACACUCGGCUACGGAUACCACGGGCUUGGGCUGCCUAAACAGACCCAUAAGGGAAUUGGAACUGACCGA